CUAAGGACAGCAUUACAUUGGAAACAGCACAGAAAGUCGUUCAACGUUUCGAAAGCGCUGUCGAUGAUGAUGACUACGGUGCCAUCUAUACGUAUUUUGAUGAUCUCUUUAAUAUCUGCAGGGUCGAAACUACGAUUCGGCGAUGGAAUAUUUGGCUGGAGUUGAUCCAGUCAUUAAUUAAAGCAUUCAAGGCGUUCAAGCCCGACCUCGUCAAUGCUCUCUGCCACGCUGUGAGCGCUGGCGAAACUUUUCAGGAAAACUUGGCAGAAGUAUGCGCAGAUCGCGUGGAAAUCCUGCAAAUGCUCGUCUAUUUCAUUCAAAGACUAACUUUCCAUCUAGAAGGCGCCGUGAUUAAGCGUGCAUAUCGUGACUUGGGAGUGGAAAUAGAUGGGAAUGACAUCGAGUUCGACGAAGAGGGCGAUACCUUCAAUAGCGACUUGCCUCUGUGGAAGGAAAUCCGCUCACAGAUUAUUGAUAUGAUUGGCUUCAUAUGUUGUAUAAAUAUACCUCGCGGCAACGGUGAAUCUGUGGAAAAUGCUAUCAAAUUCCUUUGGCGUCCUGCAGAUGCAAACAGCCAAUUGCUUAGGUCUCUGGCUUCGAUCAUAAUCAAGUUUGCUGCUCAUCCUCGUUUCGCCAAAGCAGGCUCUUCAAGUGCAGAACUCCGGCAGUUGUUAGAACAUCUACGUCCUAUUUGCGUGGACUUCAAACUUGCCACUGAAGUUGCUCGAAUAUUAGUCAAGGCGAGCUUGCAUUUUGAGUAUCUCAACGAUCCUCGAAUUACCGACUAUCCAUUUGUUGAACCGAUCAAAAAGCUUUCGAUUGACGGUGACAUGGAUCAGAUGAUGUCACAUAUGCUUUACUUUGUCGGUUUGUUCCGUCCACGUGAAACCUCAGCCCAGUCGGUGCCGAAACCUUUUGCAUUGCUGAUUCAGAAGCUUGCUCAGUGUGCACCACUGACGUUCUUUGAGAAUAUCCGGGGUGUUUUGCCUUUCCUUGACUAUGACCCACCCACAAUGCGCAGUGCCAUUCUUGGAGCCUUCUGUGACGUCAUUUGUGGUCCUGACAUGAAGCCUCGUUAUUUAAGACCAGGUCGUGAUGCACGCCUGGUUCGUGACAUUAUGGCAGACCAGCUACAGGCUCAUCUUGCUGACUCCAACCUCCAAGUACGAACGCAGGCUUUGAAUUGCUGGGUUGUCAUAGCGAAUAAUCGAAGAGUUCCUUUUGAUUCACUAAAGAAGGGGCUCGUUUAUGCUGUUGCUGAACGACUUCAUGAUAAAUCCGUGAAUACACGGAAGGUAGCGAUGCAGUUUUUGGUACUGUACCUGCUUCUGAACCCUUAUGGGAAGAAUCUAGACUUCGAAAACUUGAGUUUAACCUGCGAAAAGUUGAACGCUCACAAGGAGCGCAUCAAGCUUAUUGAUCCUGAUCGUCCUGGCUUCUUUGCGGUGAUGGAACGUUUCAAAUCCUUCGAGGAUAAGAUGAGAGCAACUUUGGAAUCUAUAAUGGAUGCGAGAGCUAGACAUGAAAUACAAGUGAAGAUAGCCAUUUCAAGUCACAUUUUCAGCACUAUGGCACUUUUGGUUGAUAUGAUCGAGAUUUCCAUGAGGGAUACGCUUUGUGUGCUGGUCAAACUUUUAUAUCUUGGCCGAUUCAAGGAUAUAGAUCUUCGUAUUGGUGACUCGUUUGCCAAUUGUACUGGUGACACCGGAGAGCCGCUACUUCAAGAGAUGGAGACUGCAUACGAAGAGAACAUGGAUCUCAUAGAACAUGCACUAAGAGUAACACAAUUACAGGAGAAGAUGGUGUUUGCUGAACAGAUGACUCAAGUUUUUCCAAUUCUGGCCGACUCACUAAAACAGAAUGGAUUCACGGAUGUCAGCUAUGCUGUCACGUUCUGUGCUACCUGUGAGAGAUUUGGAAUAAGAAAUGCAGCGUGUGCUCUUUAUGACCUGUACAACUUGGGCAAUCCAACCUUAUCUGCAGAAGUUAUCAACACUGUAAUGGUGUUAUUUAUAAAGAAAAAGGACAGAAACAGACCUUUCACCAAUGGCACUAGCAAUAACCGCCAGCCUCCAGUAACACGAGAUAGCCACGCAAUCACCGAGCUUCUCUACCAUAUGUUCAGCCGUAACAAGAUCCCUCCAGGACUGAUAUCUCAUUUGAUCAAGAUUAUCAACGAAGCACAGCCGGUUUUCUGUAAGUAUCCAGCAAUGGUCGUGCUGGCCUUGUUCGCGAGGGUUGAUCCACGAACAAUGCGCGAGUAUCUUCGCGAUUUCCAGAGAUGUUUACGCUCAUCGGAAGUACUUUUAGCAAGUGAAGCUCUUCAUGCAAUGUCCUACCUAAUUCCAUCUGGAGAAGUGCCUCCUGAUGAGGAAAAUGAAGCGUAUCUCUAUCGACUGCGUGCGAUCGACUCUCUUUUCCCAGACAUGGAGAAGUUCUUGUUCAGAGUGAUUCUAUCGGACGAUGACACCGUAGAGUCGAAAUACUGGUAUGUAAGCAUGCGACAUUGUUUGAAAGCACUCUUCACUCUUUCCUCUGAUAUAGACUACGCAGUUUCGAGGAUACUCGGAAAGGGACUAUGGUAUGCUCAUCGCGCCGCGCAGCUUCUGAUUAUGUACAGAGAAGAACCACCGAAAGAGCUCAAUUCUGACUUUGUCAAAGCUCGAAGAGAGUAUUUCAAUAUUGCUUGGCAGCGGACAACAGAACGUGUUUUGAUGCUGUUUGGUGAAGCUAUCGAAUGUUUGUUGGUUCACGUUGACAACUACUUUCCGAAACUGCUCAAACGUGCAAUGGCUUUGGAUGAAGCAGCAGCGGAGCAACUUGAUGAACCUAUCGAGCCGUACUCCGACUACGAUAAGCCCCACUCUGGCGUCGAGAUGGAUUUCGCCUAUCGAGAGGGACUCUUUGCGAGGACUAUCGCUUCCUUAGCCAAAUCAAGACCGGAAAGUGGUGACUCAGCAGAUUCUGAAGUGGAAUCAGAAAGGACAGACAGGCCAUCAGCUUCUGGAGAAGAUGAGGACGAAGACGACUCCAAUCGUCCUUCCACCGACGAGUUGAUUCGUACUCGCACACAAGCUUUGUUUCAAACACGUUUGCUUCUCAAGACGGGUGUAAUUGGUCGAUGUCUGGCCCUGGUUGUGUUCUUUAUCCGAUGCUCAGGUAUACCGGAGGAAAUUCGAAAUGCAGCACUGAGAGCUUUUUCCAAGUUCCUCUUGAUAUGCCGUAACAAGAUCCCUCCAGGACUGAUAUCUCAUUUGAUCAAGAUUGUCAACGAAGCACAGCCGGUUUUCUGUAAGUAUCCAGCAAUGGUCGUGCUGGCCUUGUUCGCGAGGGUUGAUCCACGAACAAUGCGCGAGUAUCUUCGCGAUUUCCAGAGAUGUUUACGCUCAUCGGAAGUACUUGUAGCAAGUGAAGCUCUUCAUGCAAUGUCCUACCUAAUUCCCUCUGGAGAAGUGCCUCCUGAUGAGGAAAAUGAAGCGUAUCUCUAUCGACUGCGUGCGAUCGACUCUCUUUUCCCAGAUAUGGAGAAGUUCUUGUUCAGAGUGAUUCUAUCGGACGAUGACACCGUAGAGUCGAAAUACUGGUAUGUAAGCAUGCGACAUUGUUUGAAAGCACUCUUCACUCUUUCCUCUGAUAUAGACUACGCAGUUUCGAGGAUACUCGGAAAGGGACUAUGGUAUGCUCAUCGCGCCGCGCAGCUUCUGAUUAUGUACAGAGAAGAACCACCGAAAGAGCUCAAUUCUGACUUUGUCAAAGCUCGAAGAGAGUAUUUCAAUAUUGCUUGGCAGCGGACAACAGAACGUGUUUUGAUGCUGUUUGGUGAAGCUAUCGAAUGUUUGUUGAUUCACGUUGACAACUACUUUCCGAAACUGCUCAAACGUGCAAUGGCUUUGGAUGAAGCAGCAGCGGAGCAACUUGAUGAACCUAUCGAGCCGUACUCCGACUACGAUAAGCCCCACUCUGGCGUCGAGAUGGAUUUCGCCUAUCGAGAGGGACUCUUUGCGAGGACCAUCGCUUCCUUAGCCAAAUCGAGACCGGAAAGUGGUGACUCAGCAGAUUCUGAAGUGGAGUCAGAAAGGACAGACAGGCCAUCAGCUUCUGAAGAAGAUGAGGACGAAGACGACUCCAACCGUGAGUUCCACCUUUCAUUCUGUUACGGUGAACCUCAUCGAGUAUGGGCUCCUUAG